GCACGGACACGGACACACUCCGGAACUGCGUGUGUUCAUAUGUUGGGCGGUUUUGUCACGAUUUAAGAAAGAACACUCAUUUUUACCUCUUCCUUUCGUUUCGAUUCGAUACAUCUGGAAAUAUUUUUUCUCUACAUCUUUUGGAGGAAUACACAGGUCCUUGUUUGCCAAGUUCGUUGUUCCAAGACCUCAGAAAUGGAUUAGAUUUAAGGUUUCGCGCUCGCGCACUAACCGGCCAACAAACUUUGACGCCGUCCGUCACUUUUAUGGCCUCUGCUUCCAAUGAUGUCUAUGAGUUUCGCGCCUGACGGCUUAGGUUCUGCGGAUGCGUCCAAAUCGGCGUUUUUAGAGCUCGGUCACGGGAUCCCCGCCAGCCAGCAGCACUUUUCGGGACUCGCGUCUAACGUUUACUCCACGCCCGGGCUGCACUCGGGCGGACACCCGCAGCACGACAGCCCCUUUCCCUCUGGCGCGUGCCACUACGGUGGGCCGCUCGGUUACGGUUACCCCGCGCCGCUCAACGCUCCUGCACCCGCUCCUACUUACCUACCAACCUACCACCAGGGCAGCUACAGGAACCCACUGAGCCACACGAGGAAUGUCGAGACCGAUCACGAAAAGCAGCCAGUGAUUGAGAACGGAGAGAUCCGUGUGAGUGGUAAAGGGAAGAAGAUGCGCAAACCGCGCACAAUCUACUCGAGUCUCCAGCUCGCCGCGCUGCAUCAGCGCUUCCAGCAGACUCAGUACCUGGCACUGCCGGAGAGAGCAGACCUGGCAGCCAAACUGGGCCUUACACAGACACAGGUUAAAAUCUGGUUUCAGAAUAAGCGCUCCAAAUAUAAGAAGAUCAUGAAGCACGGCCCCAUUGCACCCGAGGCAGAGCUGCAGGCCGCGCGUUCGCAUGCGCAGUCGCCCUGUUCGCCUGUGCCGCCAGCUCUCUGGGACGCGCCGAUGGCUGGCAAAAGCGCACACACGCACCCCGGCGGUUAUAUAAACAGUUUCGGCCAUUGGUACCCAUCACCCCAGGACACUUUAACCAGACCUCAUAUGAUGUGACUCAUGUGCGAUUUCUACCCAUGUUUCCACCGAUAUAGUGAUUAUGCGCCACGUGUCCACACGUAUCCUAUAAACAUAUCGAUACGGAGUUGCGUCGGUAAUUAUCACGUUUUUCUCAGCGUGUGUGUUGGCCUACAUGUGAGAAUUCUUUUAUUAAAAUGUAAAUACAGUCGUGUGUUUGAAAGGGUUGUGACUUUAUCCUUGAACAGGUUUUGUUGUCAGUGCUUGUUGAUUUUAUUAGUCAUCAGUGCUUUUCGGUUUUUAUUCGGACUCCCUUAAUAUUUGUUUUGAAUAAAAGGACUGAUGAAAGGCUGCCAAA